AUGUGCACUACUAUGGAGAACCUCUACUCAGACCUGGACAACUCUAGCUGCGACUUGUCCUACACGCACACGGAUGACGAGGACUCGCGCAGCAGCAUGCAGGCGGGCUCCCCGUCAUCCUCCCUUGGGCAGCCGUCAUCACCCAUCAGCAACAACCAGGAGCCCUCCAGCCCCGAGCAGCAGCAGAAGAAGAGACGCAGAGGGCGCGUGAGGAGCGAGGCCACGGUGCAUGUGGUCAAGAAGAACAGGCGCAUGAAAGCCAACGACCGGGAGAGGAACAGAAUGCACAACCUCAACGACGCUUUAGACACUCUGAGGAGCGUCCUUCCUGCGUUUCCGGACGACACGAAACUUACAAAGAUCGAGACUUUGCGCUUCGCUCACAACUACAUCUGGGCGCUGUCCGAGACCAUCAGAAUUGCAGACCAGCGCCAGAGCAAGUCGCAGGACACGCCGCUCCUGCUCCCGGGGCUGGGAUGUGUGGCUGAUUCCCCGAGCCCAGGCAGCGAUGCAUGCUCUUGGAUGUCCAGCGCAUCGUCCUCCUCAUCCUCGCCCUCGUACUGUACCUCAAACCCCAGCAGCCCCGCCGCUUCCGAGGACUAUGGAUUUUUGCAGGCUGAUGGUCUGUACAGCUUCCACAACUUUGUUCCGGGCAUCUAUUAA